AGCUUUGCGACGGUUGAAGAUUGACAGCGACGAUGGAGAAGAUGGAGCUCGUGACGACGGCGGACGGCGUGACGUGGCAGGACCGCGAGAUCCGAUUCGACAUCUCGUCGGCGGCGAUGGAGCUGCGGAAAGGCGAGGUCGCGAUCGACUCGAUCAACUCGGUGGAGGACACGAAGGGCAACAACGGCGACCGCGGGUCGCUUGAGAUCACCAAUUUGCGCCUGCUUUGGGCCUCGCACCGGUCGGCGCGCACGAACCUCAGCAUCGGCUACUCUUGCAUCCAGUCGGUCAAGAUCCGCACGGCCACGUCCAAGCUCCGCGGCUCGACGCAGGCGCUGUACAUUAUGACCAAGUACGCCAGCUCGCGCUUCGAGUUCAUCUUUACGUCGCUCGUCAAGGCGAGUCCGCGCCUCUUCACGACGGUCCAAGCCGUCUUCCGGUCGUAUGAGACCACGAAACUGUACCGGGACCUCAAGCUCCGGGGCGCCAUCAUCGCCGACAAGGAGCUCCGAUUGCUGCCGCACGAGCAAGUGUACACCAAGGUGAUUGGCGUCUGGAACCUCAGCUCCGACCAAGGCAACCUCGGCACCUUCUUCGUCACCAACAUCCGCGUCGUGUGGCACGCCAACCUCGCGGAAAACUUCAACGUGAGCAUGCCGUACAUGCAGAUCAAGUCGGCGCGCAUCCGCAACUCGAAAUUUGGGCCCGCGCUUGUCAUCGAGACGUCGGCCGGCUCUGGUGGCUACGUGCUCGGCUUCCGCGUCGACCCGGAGGAGAAGCUACGGGAGCUCUUCAAGGAGAUCAAGAGCCUCCACGCGGUCUUCUCGGUCAAUCCCAUCUAUGGCGUCGACUAUGCCAUUGAAGACAAGCCAGCGUCCCUCGACUUGCUCAAGCAGCCGCGCCAGAUGGACGACGUCGAAAUCGUCCAGGAAGAGUCGAGCUCCAUUGACGCCUUUGCUGCCUACUACGCGGCGACCAACAAGAACCAGGACCGCCCGCCUGUUUUCUGCAAGGACAUUGGCCUUGCGGUCGAGAGCCUCCCUGACGGCAUCGCGCUCGGCGACCUCUGGUACGUCAACUAAGGACAGAGUGCUACUUGCAUGGUCGAGAAUACAACUACAAUGGUCCGUC